AUGUUCCUGUCCAAUGCCACAGCUGUAAGCCCAGUUCUGACCACGCUGUGGCAGGAAGUGGUUCCACAAGGUGCCAAUGUGUCUGGCCUGGCCCGUAAGUCCACCAGCAGCGGCCAUAGUGAGCUGGAGGCACUGUAUGUUCUCAUCGUACUUGGCUUCUUUGGCUUCUUCACCUUGGGUAUCAUGCUGAGUUACAUCCGCUCCAAGAAGCUGGAGCACUCCCAUGACCCCUUCAAUGUGUACAUCGAGUCAGACACCUGGCAGGAGAAGGACAAGGCAUACUUCCAGGCCCGGGUCCUGGAGAGCUGCAAGGCUUGCUGUGUGAUUGAGAACCAGCUGGCCGUAGAACAGCCCACUGCACACCUUCCUGAGGCAAAGCCUUCCUCCUGA